AUGUGCUACACUACCAUAAACCGUGUUCGAGUCCCGCUAGAGGUAGUCAUAAUUGCUGUGUACAGCUACUUCCUCUGCCAGAUAUUUGCUUCGCAGUUCGUGGCGGCGGUAAAGGACCACAGUGACGAGCACAGAGUCGACUUCUACUUCCCAAUUUUUAGUAUUUUCUCCUUCCUCUUCCUCAUGGGUUGGCUAAAGGUCGCCUUAUGUGUUAUGAACCCUUUCGGAGACGAUGAUGAGGAUUUCCAGACGUCUGACAUUCUCGACUACAACUUGGAAAUCAGUUAUCGAUGUGUAUUUCUGGACGAGAACACCUUCCCCAAAAGGAUGGGCAUGCCUCUUGGCAAAGGAUCAUCUGUGGCCACAGAAGCUAACAAUGAUCUGAUACAAUUCCUGAAUAGUAUUGAUCAAGAAAUGCAAGAAAUAAACCCAGAAAAGCCGUUAAAUGAGUAUGUCUUAACUGACUUGAAGGCAAUUUACUGUUUAAAUAUUCAAAUUCGUGUCUAUGUUAUCAGUAUGAACUCGAGAUGA